GUGGACGAGUACUUUAGUACUCAUAGUAACCACUGGAUGUCAGUUUAGUACACAGGUGAUUUGAUGACGCAGUCAGUAAUGGGUGUUUCAAUUCCUAACGCCAAAUAAUAAGACUUCGUUGAGUGCAUCGCGUUUCUCGUAACUACUUGGGUCAGGACCUUGGGCUCCGACCCGAUUGACCGCCAUCAUAUCUCGACCUCGACCCAUUCCCCACGCGGGAGUGGCGGGUCGUCCAUCCCCGCCCCUCAUGACCCCGCCCAUAGCCAUCCAACGAGCCUCGCUGCCAGGAUAUCCCAGAAAUCUUCCAUCAAUCCAAGACCGCUCUUCUUUCUUUGGAUGGUAAGAGUGUGCUCUCAUAUCCAUUGUGCAUCGAGAUUUCUCUCAAGACCGCCGAGGGUGACUCCAUGAUCCUUGAGAAUUGGACUCUGGCCAUGGAGGAUGGCCCCGAUCUCAAAUGCGCGAACAAUGUCAUCUACAACAAAAUGAGUGUGAUGCUCAAGUCCCUGCUGUGUGUGACCAGGUCGGUGCCGGCAUACCGCUUGUCCAGAAAGCAAGGACCGGAAUCGUUUGUCAUCUGCUACAAACUUUUUGUCGGCGAACCCUCUUCCAAUGUUCUUGGAGAGGGCUACCAAUCCUGUCCGGUGGGACAAGUUAUGACGGGUCUUGGGACACUCACCCUCAAAGUGGAUUAUCGAACAUCCAUGACAAUAUCACCUUCUCAUCCGACCAAUACCUCUUCCGAGACGUCUUCCAAUCUCAGUUCUCACAUGAUGAUGAAAAGUGAUCACUUUGACUCAGACCUUCACCAUGUCGGGAGCAAUCCCAAUAUGAACAAUAACCACGCCAACGCCAACGCUAACAAUCAUGUAGCAAAUAAAGCCCGCAGAUGUGAUUUUUUCGGGGCUCGAGUAUCCGGAGACGAGUUUGAAACUCAAGUCACGUCAGAUGAAUCCGGCGAAGCCAUGCGGAUAUUUUCAGCCAGUCCUCAAGAACGGCCAAGCUUCUUGACGGACAAUUUCGACAAUCAUGCCGUCAAAUUUGGGGCCUUCGCAUCUCAUAAUCAGGGGACCCCUCCCCCGUCAGAAGAAAAAAAAUCAGCGGAUUUGGACAAUCUUAUGGAUCUAUUCACUGUGGAAGAAGAUCGAGAAACUGGAGGUCCUACUACCCCCACUGAAGUUGAGAAGAAACUUUCCAACCUCGAGUUACAAAAUCACCGAGAAUCUGCCCAAAGUCGAGAGGAUUUGCGGCGGACACAAUCCGACUCCGAAUUCCAAGCUCGAGAAGUGACCCCGAUGCGGCCCCGAGCCGGGUCGUCGCCCAAAUCAGGCCCUCAACUUGUGAGCGGGGCCUUUUCUCAGCGUAUGAAAUCGAACGAAGAUUUUGAGCUCCUCGACCUGAAAACGCCGUUCUCGGCCAAAAUGGGCGACCCGUCGGGUGAUUUGGGCGUGUUCUUCCGUGAACCUCCAUUGAAGACCAUCAAGGAAGUGGUCGAUUCCAGCCCGGUGUGUUCGCAAUCGCGAGAUCCACCCAAGCCAAUAGAUUUGGACAUGCAAGGUGCUAGGAAGAGAGAUCCUCAACCGGAAUGCGACAACGAAAUCGAUGAGGAGGAAUCCUCUGAAUUAGGAUACCUGACCUCGCAUCUCUCGCAACAGCUGCAUACUUAUGAAUCGCGAUUGGCGGAAUAUGAUGACAUGCUGAAAAAUUUGGAAACAAGUGAAUCCGAAUCGGAAGCUGUGUGAAUUGAGCCCGUAAAUUCAGAAUAUUUUUACAACGACUAAUUUAUAUCUUGCCUCAAAUAUGUGUCCAUCUACCGAUUAAAAGGUAAUCUAAAAAAACUUAAAGUAUAUCUU